UAGGUUUAAAUAUAUUUUAUACGGAGUAUUUUAAUAUUUUUUAUUGUGAAAUGUUUUAAGAAGCUUAUCUAAAAAUCUUAAAUCAACAUUAAAUGAUUGUAAUGUGACCUACUUCUUAAAAGUUUUCAUACAUAAAACAUGAAAAUGUAAUAUUUCUUUUGCUGUGUGUACAUUUGCUUUUGUUUUUUGCCUUCUCUCUAACAUGCCGCGCAAGAGCUGUUACACAAGGGAGCUAAUGCAAACGUAAAAAAUGGCCACUCGCUGUACCCGCUGCACAUUUGUGCAAAAGAUGGCUACACGGACAUGGUGCCCUUGCUGCUGCGUCACCAUGGCAACCAUGACAAGAGGAACCAAGAAGGAAGGACUCCGUUACACGUUGCUGUUGAAAAUAGAGCUACGCAUGUCGUAAAAGCUUUGCUCAACGGGGAAACGGACAUCAACUGCCAGGACCAUUCCAGACAAACGCCACUCAUCCUGGCCUGUAAAAAAGGUUUCCUGGACCUGGUCAAGCUGCUGGUCGACCAGGGGGCAGAGGUCAACAAGAAAAACAUCUCUGGCCAGACGUGCCUGCACGUGGCCGCACAGAAAGCUCACCUGGACGUUCUGGAGUUUUUGUUACAGCAAUGUCCGGACGAUCUCUUGGCUCAAAUAGACGCCUUUGACCAGACAGCGCUUCAUCUGGCGGCCAAACAGAGAGACCCUCGGUUUGUUGAAGCUCUCCUCAAGCGAGGCUGCUCUCCUGAAGCCAGAGAGGUCAACGGCCUCAUCCCUCUGCACGUUGCAGCCAGUGUCAGCAGCUAUGAAACUGUGCUCAAGUUGGCGGACGUCACGGAGAACGUUGACGUCUUGAACUUCCAGAACAAGAGUGCUUUUUUCCUGGCAUGCGAGGCUGGGAACAGGCCAGCCAUUUCCGCUCUACGGGGCAAGGGAGCUAACGCUAAAAUAAGGGACAAGCACUUUAGAAACACGCUGAUGGUCGCUGCCAUUGGUGGAUACACUGAUAUCGUAGAGGAUCUGAUCAGGAUGAAGGUGGAACUUAACUGUAGGGAUAAUGAAAAGAACACGGCACUGCAUCAUGCGUGUUACCAUGGUCACCUGGCCACUGUCAAGUCUCUGCUGGACCACAAGGCCUCCGUCACGAUGACCAACCUGCACGACAAGAGUCCGCUGGACGUGGCCGUUGACAGACGUAUGACAGACGUGGCGGUGUUUAUGAUGGAGCACAGCAGCUGGGAAAAAAGUCUGUCUGUGAGAGACAAGAAAGGAUACAACUGUAUGGACAGAAUGAUAGAAUUCACACCUGAGGCAGUCAAGAUUGUCUUGGACAAGUGUGUCAAAUAUUCGGACAAUUGCCCAACUGACGAGCAGUAUUCGGUCGAAUUCAACUACAGAUAUAUCGACCCAGGACCAAACGAUCCUAUGUCAAAGUCAAGGACGUACAACGCCAUAGCAACGAUGUUAUGCCACGAGAGGGAGGACCUACUCGGUCACCCGCUGUGCCAGAGCAAUCUUUCCUACAAAUGGCGACAGUAUGGCUGUGUGAUAUUUGGAGCAGACUUCACCAUACAGAUGGCAAUGGUCUUCAUGAUGCUCAUCUACUGUUACUUCAUGCCAAAGCCGAACCGGACUGAUUACGCAUGCCGUGAGGUUCCGGCUAAAAAUGAAACCAAUGCCACGGUGUUGAUGCACCGUCCUACCUUUCGCUAUGGAUACAUGUACAGCAUCCAGAUCGCUAUCUACUGCUUUGUUGUCGCCCUUGUCUUCAAGAGAACGAUGCACGCUCUAGCCGUGGGCUGGCACUACGCCUUCUCCUCCCAGCUCCUAAUGACCAUGGUCUCCGUCUGUCUGCUCAUGUACGGCAACAUCCCACCAGGCUACGAGCCGUGUGACGCCCAGUGGAGGGCGGUGGCUUACUCGGUGUUGGUCUUUCUUCUCAUGGUGUCCUUCAUCUUGGAGAGGUUUGACCGCAUUGGCCUGUACUUCACAAUGUUCUUUGAGGUCUUUAAAACUAUGCUCAAGGUUUCUUUUCUGAUGAUAUUCUAUCUUCUCGCUCUGGCCGUACCGCUUGGAGUCAUGUUAAACACGGACGCGUUUCAGACCAACGAGAAGUCCUUGUUGGCGACACUUGCCAUGACCGUAGGCGAGCUCAACUUUCAGGACAAUUUCAUCUUGGUGGACAACUCGCCAUUCACAACAGACCUGUUCUUGUUAUUUCCCUUAUUCUGUCUGCUCAUGAACCUGACGCUAAUGAACUUGAUGAUAGGUGUUGCUGUUGGGGACAUCAGCAAAGUGGAGAAAAAAGCCUACUUGAACAGACUCAAGAAACAGGUUGAUUACCUGCUAGAAGUCGAAGCGUCUUACCCGAUGCGCUACUUUAAGUACAAUAAACAAAAGUUAAUUGUUUAUCCGAACGAGAAACCCAAGUCCACUUGGCAGAAGCUGACCCGCCCUUUCCUGAGGUCGGAACAAAUUUAUUUUAUACGGAAGAAACACCAGCCUGACAGGGUGGGGGAGCUGUCCCGCAGGGUGGGGGCACUCAUCAACAAGGUCGAGGCCGAGCUGGGUGCACAGCGAGUCAGAAUGGACGCAUUGGUCAAAGCUGUUGGCGUCAAGACGGACCUGAACCAGUCAAUCCACACCACGCCCGAAACCACAAGACAUCAAUAACAAAUUACCUCAAAACGAUACCAGUAGAUAUCAAUAAUAAAUUAACGCAACACGAUACCAGAAAGUAUCUAGAGCAAUAAAAUCUCAAUACACACCAGAAAGUUGUGAUAACAAAUGGACAAUAACAGAAGCUAGCGAUCUCCCAUAAUAAAUUAUGGUGAAGAUUUCUCA